ACGCUGGCGAGGGCAAUGCAGUCCUUGGCACGGCGCAAGCUCCCUGUGAUGUCAUGGUGCUUGCGGCUGGCUGAGUCCUGUCCUGUGGCCCACAUAUGCUUUGGGGCUCUCCAAAAGGAUGGAGACAAUGGUGAUGACCGGUCUGAGAGCAUCCUUGCUGAGAACCAUGUGGACAGCACUGGGGGGAUGUUGAGUGGAGCCAGCAGCAGGAAACCCAUUAAAACAGGCAUGAAGGAGCUGGCGGUGAUGAGGGAGAAGGUGAACGAGCAGCAGCGGCAGAUGGGCAAAGUGGGCAAGGCCCAUCACAACCAUGAGGAUUCAAAGAAGUCGCGGAUGCCGACAGGCAGGACCCCUUGUCAGCAGGAGCUGGAUCAGGUCCUGGAACGCAUCUCUACCAUGCGACUGCCGGAUGAGCGAGGUCCCCUGGAGCACCUCUACUCCCUCCACAUCCCCAACUGUGACAAGCAUGGCUUGUACAAUCUCAAGCAGUGCAAGAUGUCGGUGAACGGGCAGCGUGGAGAGUGCUGGUGUGUGGACCCCAUCCAUGGGAAAGUGAUCCAGGGUGCACCCACCAUCCGCGGGGACCCCGAGUGCCACCUCUUCUACACAGCCCAUGAGCAGGAGGACCGGGGAGCACACGCCUUGCGGAGCCAGUAGAUGGAUGUAAUCCUGCUUGCUGUGGCCCCGGUGCUGGAUUUUUUACAUGGGUUUCAGCAUGUCUCUUUUAGGCUCUGGAAGAGACCGGGGUUGGGUCCUGUGUGCUGCCCUCCUGCUGCCCCAGUUCUUGGGGAGGGAAGAGAUGACAGGAGGGGAAGGGUG